AUGGCGACCCCAGACAAGACUAGCCGGCAAGUCGGAGAACAGCCUACGCCCACAACAAACCGACUGAACACGCAAGGCCAAAAUCAGGGGGCCAAUCGACAGGCUGACAAUAAGCCGAGCCAAGACGACAAGAACGAAUGCAAGCAAUGCGCCUGCAACGCGUCGAGCACGGACGACAGCAACAGCAUAACGACGGACUCCUCGACGGGAGAGGAGAUACCCCUCACGCCGGGCCGACGGCUACGGCAGAAGGCCCAGGACGUUGUCGUCACCGUGCUCGUGGUGGUCAUGUACGGCUUGUUUGUCCUGUACACGCUGUGCCUAUACCUGCCCCUGCAGGUGCGGAGGCGCGAGGCGGUGCUUGGGAUCGACCCCUCCGCCUGCCAGAGGCGGCUAUACCUGCUUCAGUGGGUAGGCAGGGUGUGCAUCGUCUUGGCCUUCUGGCCGGCCAUCACGGCGAUGCUGCUCGCGUGGCACGUCGUCAGAUGGGCUGCGGGGAUGGAGUCGCUGGUGACGACGGCAUCAUCCGAGGCGGGUGGGGACGGAGGUCGGGGAUAUGCUGAGGCAGGUGGACUGAGGCAAGGCGUCGAUGAUGAGCAUCAUCGAACAAGCCAGACGACCGACCUUGAGCCCGAGAUGAUUGGCGGCGUCAAGAUUGUCAAUGUCUCAAACAACGACAUUGAUCGACUCAGCCUCAAGAUAAGCGGCUCGCGGCACGACAAGGCACACAAAUCGAAUACUCCAUAA